ACUACGUACAUCGAAGCGCGACCAAAACUAAACGCAUGCGCAUAUGACGGCCCCAGUCCUUUGACGCCAUUUGAGACAUCGCAGGACUGUUUUUCUUCAGACAAAUGGAUGGCGAAGAGGACGAAUUCUUCUCCGGGAACCACUCUGAUGGUGGUGGCACCCCGGUACAGGACGAAAAAUGCUCCCGGUUCAGAUGCGGAAGAGGAGAUGAGGAUUGAGUCGUGCCACUCAGAGGAUGAGAAUAGUCAUGGUGAGGGUGCAGCUCAGGCCAUGGAGACAAACGGUUUGGCCAGUGGGUCAGACAACGAGGGCCACAAAAGGGAGGACAGUGACUCUGAGGAGGAGGCACCAGUCAAACGCAGCAUCUCAGACAUAGAGUGCACCCCCCCACCCAAACUCAGGGGCAGCACCUCAGACAUAGAGUUCCCACCCAAACGCAGAGGCAGCAACUCUGACAUUGAGGGGUCCCCAGUCAAACACAGAGGCUGCACCUCUGACAUGGAGGAGAAAGAAACCAAUCAGGCUGCAGCCGGGAGCGACUCUGAGAAUGAGGAUCAGCCCCCAUCUCCAGCCCGGAGCAGACACUCGAAUGCACGCAGUGACUCUGAGACUGAGGUGCCCGAACACAAAGCACAGAUCGAGUCUGAUGGAAAGGACGAGGAGUGCGGUGCGAAGAAAGGGAAGUGGAAGGCUGUAAUGCAUUCCGACAGUGAGGAUGAGGUGGAGGCUCGGCCAGUGAAAGCAGCUGCAGGCAGUGGCCAGGAGAAGGGUAGUCACGCAAAACGGGUGGUGGAUGAUAGUGAGGAUGACGACGCAAUGCCAAUGAAGAGGAAGAAGGCCAUCCUGUCAGACAGUGAAGAUGAGAAGGCUGACGAACCAGAGAGCCGCACCGGUCUGACGACGAGAACUCUGACAGUAACGCAGGCUCGAGCGCCCGACAAAACCAUGGCCAAACUGCGGGAACUGGGCUCAGAAAGCGAAGACGAGGAUGAUGGACAGAAGGCGGCAGGAGGGAAGAAGGACGAGAAAACACUGUUUGGUAGCGACAGCGAAUCAGGUAAUGAGGAAGAGAAAAUGAUUGCAGACAUUUUUGGUGACUCGGGUGAUGAAGAGGGGGAAGAAGUUUACGGGUUUCAAUCAGAGGAUCUGGAGGGGGAUAAGAACCAAUCACAGGGCCUCAGCAAAGAAAGCAACAGAGACGACUCGGACUCUGUCGAGGGCGUGGACAGGGGUGGUGGCCAAGACACCAGCUUCAUGUCGAACUUUGACGUGAUGCUGGCUCGUAGCCCAGAGCGGGAAGCGACCGCGACGGAACCGCGACGGGGGAACGUUUCAUAA